CUCAAAGGUUACAUUCAACCAGCGUGAUAUGUGCAACAGCGCAUUCCUUUUCUCAGUCUUGGUCUUCAAGGGUUACAUUCAACCAGCGUCAUAUUUGCAACAUCGCAUUCCUUUUGUGAGUCUUGAGUAAGAGCCUUCAAGCGUUACAUUGAAGCAGCGUCAUAUCUGCAACAGCGCAUUCCUUUUCUCCUUUUCUCAGUCUUGACUAAGUUCUUCUUCCAGAGCCUUUAAGGGUUAUAUUCAACCAGCGUCAAAUUUGCAACAGCGCAUUCCUUUUCUCAGUCCUCAGUAAGCCUUCAAUGGUUAUGUUCGAGCAGCGUCAGAUGGGCAACAGAGCAUUCCUUUUCCCAGGCUCAACUUUCAAUGGUUACGUUGAAGCAGCGUCAUAUGUGCAACAGCGCAUUUCUUUUCUCAGUCUGGAGUAAGGCCUCAAUGGUUACCUUCAAGCAGCGUUGUAUGUGCAACAGCGCAUUCCUUUUCCCAGUCUUGAGUAAGAGCCGUCAGUGAUUGCAUUCAAGCCACGUCAUAUGUGCAACAGCUCAUUGCUUUACUCAAUCUUGAGUGAGGGCUUUGAAGGGUUACGUUCAACUAGCGUCAUAUCUGCAACAGCGCAUUCCUUUACUCAGUCUUGAGUAAGAAACUUCAUAGGUUACAUUCAAGCACCAUCAUAUGUGCAACAGGCAUUCUUUUUUCAGUCUUGAGUAAGGUAAAUCUACAUCUGUCAGCUGUUGUGUAUCGGUCACAAAUGAACUGUUCUUCCUUCAGAGCCUUCAAGGGUUACAUUCAAGCAGCGUCAUAUGCGUAAUAGCGCAUUCUUUUUCUCUGUCUUGAAUAAGGUAUAUCUGAAUGGGUCAGCUGUUGUGUAUCAGUCACAAAUGAGCUGUUCUUCUUCGAUACCUUCAAGGGUUACAUUCAAGCGGCGUCAUGUGUGUAACAGCGCAUUCCUUUUCCCAGUCUUGAGUAAUAUAAAUCUAAAUCUGUCAGCUGUUGUAUUUCGGUCACAAAUGAACUGUUCUUCCAGAGCCUUCAAGGGUUACGUUCAAGCGGCAUCAUAUGUGCAGCAGCGCAUUGGUUUUCUCAGUGUUGAGUAGAGUAAACCUAAAUGUUACAGAUGUUGUGUAUUAGACACAAAUGAACUGUUUUUCUUCCAAAUCCUUCAAGGGUUACAUCCAAGGAGCGUCACAUGUGCAACCGCGCGUUCCUUUUCUCAGUCUUGACUAAGAGCCUUCAAGGGUUACAUUCAACCAGCGUCAUAUUUGCAACAGCGCAUUCCUUUUCUCAGUCCUCAGUAAGGGUUACAUCCAAGGAGCGUCACAUGUGCAACCGCGCGUUCCUUUUCUCAGUCUUGACUAAGAGCCUUCAAGGGUUACAUUCAACCAGCGUCAUAUUUGCAACAGCGCAUUCCUUUUCUCAGUCCUCAGUAAGGUGUUUUCUGGGAAACGUACGCCAACUUGUCAGAAGCUGGCGAACACCGGCCAAAGGACCGUACACUUCACCGAAGACCAUGUAGCGGGCCGUGGACAACGACGAAGAUGGCCACGCGCCUGGGGCACCUGCCUCAGUUCCACCGGCGCGGCCAUGGAGAUAGGCCACCGUCAUCGCCUCUCCGUGGCAUACCAUCAUCGCCGGUCGGGACUCAUGUGGAGGAAGACUAUCGUCCUCUACAUUUUGGUGACCCGAACGAUGAAGAUCAAGUUCGGAGCAAUUAGGCCCUUGACAAUCCCAAAUUUCUGACAACACCAUUGACUAGCACUACCACGGCACGCUCUCCCUGGAAGCCACCGCCAUUCCUCAUCAUGACGACAUCACGACCGCUGCUCGCCGAUGAACACGCCGACCGCUCCCGUCCCGCUUCUGCCCACGCUGCCGAUCCGACCGACCCGCACCGACCGACCGCCCGACUCUCAACGACCCGACCGACCAGUACCGACCGACCGACAGACCCGCAACGACCCGACCGCUCACUGAUCAUCGCAUCCGCCCACCGACCAUCGAUUCAAGGCUUCCAGGGACCGCUAUCCACGGCCCCCUGCACACUCACCACCCUCUUCUUCAUUUCUGCAUCUCAACUCUCACUCGCUGCCGGCCGCGACACCUGAGCAACGUGCUCGCCUGCCGGUUUCGGCAGUCGCGGCAGCCGACGCCACGGCACGCAUCCGCCGGCGUCUCGGCAAUCCUCACGGCUACGCAGCUUCACUUCCUGGGACCCUACGAGCUCUCGCUCCCGUGCCGGUUGCGGCACCCCAGGCUACGACUCCAACGCCAGACCACGCCUUCGACGACGUCAACGUUCAUCUCUGGCAAACCUCAUCUCGGCCGCUCCCGCCCCACUCAUCGACCUCUGCCUGCAACGUGUGCUGUGCCGCCCGUGGACAUGUCCAGCAGUGCGCGUCAUCCACGGUCACUCUUGCUCUUUCCCUCCGGUACAGACGUGAUUCUUCUAUCUAUCUUAUCGCCGCUCCGCGUCUGAGGGGGGAGCACUGUAGCGGGCCGUGGACAACGACGAAGAUGGCCACGCGCCUGGGGCACCUGCCUCAGUUUCACCGGCGCGGCCAUGGAGAUAGGCCACCGUCAUCGCCUCUCCGUGGCAUACCAUCAUCGCCGGUCGGGACUCAUGUGGAGGAAGACUAUCGUCCUCUACAACCAGUUCGCCGGAGCAACAGAAAAGCUACGUGGAAGCGCUCGCCCAUCUGUACGAGUGACGGACCGUCGGUCGGCUCCGUUCUUUGGUAGGUAUGCGGGUUCCGCAAGGUAGGUAUGCUGGUGCCUAAUAUAGAGCCAGUCGCUGAUUUUCAGAACAUGUAGCAGUGAUUUGUAUUGCUUUCGGCAGAAUUCUUCGAUUCGUUACAGGAGCUCCGUCGCGAUAAGUCCUCUCUGUGUCAGUAUAAUGAAGUGAAACUAUGUGGACUUAAAAACAUACCAUAACUGAAAGCCGAAGACAUCCAGAAGCCCAAAAGUCAGGCUGGAUGUCUCCUUGGCUAUAACAUAACGAAAAUAUAAUAACACCGACAAACAAAGCUAUGAGAAAGAGAAAAUGGGGAUUCGUACACCUGUGUCUGCAAACCACAUGCUUGACAUCUUAUAUGGAGCCAAAGUUUAUAUCACUUUUGUUCUAGAUUGUCGACUCCCCAGUUGUUUAUUCAUUGUGCGUAGUGGGUACAGUGCUGUAGGUUAUGUCACAUUACAUUUAAUAUUGCGACCAAAUUGUUUCAUAGAUAUGCUUAGUGACGAACACGUGACAUCCAUGUCGGCCCCAUCUACCUCAGGAACUGUUAAGAAAGUCUUGCCUAUAGGUAACAUGUUUUGCAUAAUAUUUCAUGACAUUUGCUAUAGCCCCCUGUUUUACUCAUUCAGAUACUCAAUUCGCCAUUGUGGGAAACCCACUUUGGAUGAAGUCACCAACAGUUCGGUGAGCUUCAGAUAGAUAGAUAGAUACAUAUAGGGUGGAAACGUAGAGCUUAAUGGUGCGACCAGCUGUUCUUUUUGUUGGUGACCUUCGAUUUACUGUGUUUUGCAGUUCUGUCUUUUGCAGUGUAGUACAAGCGGCUGAAUGCUACUCUGCGGCAAUCAAAAACACAUCUUACAAAUAUGGUUUCCUGGUGAUUUGAGGAGACAUUACACCCAGAACAAACAUGAAACCUGCCUUCCGAUUUCCCAGCAGUGUACUGUGCAGCAAGUGCUAUGCACCCGAACCGUGCCACUCACCUGCUAUCUGCUUCUGUGGCGGCAAUCCAAGGUCGCGCACAACCUUCUAAGCCUCAAAAGCUGCUGCAUCAUCCUGUGUCGUCGGUUGUGAGCAUUGAACAUGAAGAACAGAGUAGGAAUAUGCUGAGUGAUGUGGAUUCAGGCACGACAGAGUAUUUCAAAGAUGAACACAGACUCAUACAGGACAAUGCUCAAUACUACAUAGCUGGCCGUCUUGUUCACUUUUUCCUGAAGGAAUCAUCAUGUACAGCUGUUCAGAAGCACCGGUUUCCGAAGCCCACAGCCUUGUUUCGCACAACCAGUUUCUUGCCCUGUUUGUUGCUGAUAAUGUACCUGGGAACUAUUUACAGGCGUCACGUUACCUUCAGCAAACUGUCUCAAGUGUGUUUCGAGACCAGAGGUACCCUUUCUGCAACCUGUGAAGGAAGCGCUACACGAAAAGGGUGUUCUCAAGUUGCUUUCUGCAUGUUUGUGUGAUCACAGCUUCGGCACUCCAGUUUGCAGCGACACGUGUAAAGACCAGUUUGUGUUAAAGUUGUGUCGUCUUCGUUUACUGUAGCGUCUACAGCUUGAAAACUGAGAACUUGUAAAAGUGUCCACUUGCAAGCGAACAGUUGCUGCAAAAAAGGCUCAGAAACUUUAGAUAUGCCACAUGUCGUAGUGACACCAAAUAUGCGCUCCUUGAAUACUUGUCGUGCUGCUUAGCCCGUUUGUUGUAUGAAGUGCUGCUCCCAUCUUAUUAUAGGGAGGAUGGUAACCAAAUGUAAAGGAAUAAUGCGAAAGUUCAAACUUAUACGAGAUCCUCAAACCUCGAUAUGAGACAUCACGAUACCACAAAAUAAAUUGGGAAGUGUUGCGCAUCA